GCUCCUAUACAAAGGCUGGACUGGAGCGAUAGUUCGCUGGCAUUGGCAUUGGCCAAGGAGCAUGGACCCGGACGUCGCGCUCCACCUUCAGAUCGCCGCGGUGGUCGUGAUGGCGGUGCUCAUCGUCGCUCUAGCCGUCGCGGCCUCCGGCGGAGCCUGCGACGACGCGGCCGGGGGCGCCGCGGUGCACGCCGCCGACGUCGAGGCCGCCCUCGGCAACGACACGCUCAUGACGUACGAGCAGGCGGCCGCCAGGAAGAAGAAGGAGAAGGGGGAGGAAGAGGAGGAGCGGUGCGCCAUCUGCCUGUCAGAGUACGGCGAGGGCGAGGCCGGCGAGCUGGUGCGGGUGGUGCCGGCCUGCGGGCACUUCUACCACGCGAGCUGCGACGUCGACAAGUGGCUCCGGAAGCGCCGGACGUGCCCGCUCUGCCGCGGAGGGCUCUGGCCCCCGCCGCCGCCGCUGCCGGGGCUGCCACGGCCGGAGUGCCCGCCGAUGCCGCCGUCCCAUUAGCUUAGCGUGCCUUCUUUUUCGAUGCGUGCUUGUUAGUUGUUAGGAUUUGAAUUCUUGCAAGAGUGCAGAGGAUGCGCGCUUGCACAUGC